CUCUCUCAGCCUGUCUCCUGUGCGCAGAUCCCAGCUUACCCAGACCCUCCAUCUCUCUGAGCCCCACUGGGGUCACCGGCCCAGGGGCAGACGUCACCAUCCGGUGUCAGGGGCAGCACCGGGAUGUAACCUUCUUCCUGCACAAGGCUGGAGACCUGAACCCGCAGCGACAGAUGGACCCUGCUGGGGACGGGGCCGAGUUCCACAUCCCCACCGUGGGCCGGCAGCACGGAGGGAGCUACAGCUGCAGCUACCGGAACCAAUCAUAUCCCUUCAUCUCCUCGCAGCCCAGCGACCCCGUGCAGCUGGUGGUAGCAGAGCCCACUCUGCCCAAGCCCGUCAUCAGCCCCAGCGGGGAGGUCUCCCUGGGAGGAUAUGUGUCCAUUCGGUGUCGGGGGCAGGGCCUGGGCGUGCGGAUCGUGCUGAAUAAAGGGGGACGCCAUGUUGCACAUGUGGAUACGGAGAAGUCGGUGUUUGAGUUUCCCAUCAACAACGUGCGCCGGGAGCAGAGCGGGAACUAUAGCUGCUCCCAUCACAGCAGGUCGGAGCCAUUCGUCACGUGGAGCGACUCCGUGGAGCUGCUGGUGAGAGGGUAAGGACCAGCCCCGAGACAGAGCAGAUGAGACCCCAGCUCUGCUUCCCACCCCAAUCUACCUGCCCUAGGAUUCAGGACUCCUGGGUUCUCUCCCCGGCUUGGGAUGGGAAGUGGUGUCCAGUGGUUACACCAGGGGGGCGAGGAGGUUUUAAUGUUGUACUUUUUACUUAUUUUCCUAAUGAUAGGUUGAUUCUCAUUAGUUGAUAACCAUUAAAAAUGUUGAUUUGCAACUAAA